AAACCAUCGAGGGGGCGCCUAUCCUUGGCCGACGCUGAGCACCGAACUGAAGGCCGCCACACUCCGGCUACGUGGUGGUGACGCUGUUGAUGAAUGCUCGGAAAGGAGUUUGUUUGCCUUCCCGGGAGAGGUACUGGAGCAUGUGGAGAUGAACAUGACCAGCUUCAGUGUGGGGUCUUCUUUCACCAUCAGCUGCAAGAACCGAGCACUGGUCCUUCCAACCGAGAGGACUCUGAGUUCGGGCCUCUCCAACUCCGUGACGUUCACCUGCGCCAAAGAGAAUGCCGACGCACAGGCAGCCAUGGACGACUGGCCUCUGCUGACUGGCAACCCCUGCAUUGAGCCAUGUCCGGAUGGUUACACACUGUACCUGGGGACCUACCAGUUCGGGGGCGCCCAGCAGGGUCGGACGACGUGCAUCAAUUCCAGCCCCAGCUCGGGCGUCAACGGGCUGGUGGCGGCGGCCAAAGCCUGUGGCGACGCCGAUGAGCAGCUCGCAGACCCGCAGCAGAAGUACAUCAUGAACGUGCAGACAUACCCCGACAGUGGGAGAGUCAGUUACUUCAGUGCCAGGAUGGAAAAGGUUAAGACAGUAGAUGCAGUUAACCCAGGUACGAACUGCCUGCUUGCAAGAUACGAUGCAGAGGAUCAGAACCCGAUAGACGAGGCCUCAGCUUGCAACAGAGAUGCCGAAGGGAACCUUGCUAAUCAUCGCUACUUUUGCAUGACCAAUACCGGCUGCCCGGACGGAGAGCUCUUCCACAAGGGCUUCUGCAUCAAGAUGGUGGCGGAUGCGACGGCGUCCAACCACGAGGAGGUGUGCGGCGAAUUUCGCAGCUCACCCGCCGCGUACACGCCAGAGCUCGGCAACACCGUGGCGCGGCAGCUGUCCGGGUCGUAUCCCGACCUACAGCCCAUGGUCGGCGUGUACAAGCGCGGCGGACAGUUUUGGAGGCCGGGUGGCGUGGCGUUGAACGAGUCGGAUUUUGAGGACGGGCUGGGCUCGGCGCGGCAGCGGUGCGCGGCCCUGUCCGCCAGCAACCCGGCACUGCUGACGGCUGUCUCCUGCGUAGAGAGCGACAUUCAACGCGGCGUCCUCUGCCAGACCCCCGGAUACGUCAUCGAAGCGACACCCCGCUGCUCUCUGGAGUAUGAGCAGCUGGUGGGCGCGGCCGCAGACGGCGCCGUGCCGCCGGCGGUACAGCGCGUGUCGUCGCUGUACAGCAGUCGUAUUGAGCCGACCAUGCAAGGAGACCAAGUGACGCUGACCUGCCCGGAGGGCUUCAGUCUGCACACCCCCGAAGGGUCACACUCGAUGGUGUACACCUGCACCGGACUGAAGCGCGAGUGGGUGCCGGAGGUCGACUUGCCGGAGGGAGUCAGCGAGGUCGCGCCGGCUCUAUGCGUGCUCGCAUGCCGCCUGCCGGACGCCACGCAGAAGCCCGCCAACAGUGAGAUGGAGCAGAGCGGCAUCCGGCUGACGCACACGUGCAACGCGCAGCUGUUGACGGCCGACGGCAAGCAGGUGCAGGAGCAGGUGUGCGACCACACCACCAGCCAGUGGAGCCCGCCCUCCGACCAGCUGAAGGACUGUGACCAUUGUACGGGGUCGCCGGUGGUGCCUAACGCGGAGAACACAUUCACGAGCAACUGGGAGACGGAUCUAAACUCGUCCAAAGCACUGAACACCACCGUCACGUACGCCUGCAACGGCAUCUUGACGACGGCAAACGGCAGCACGGAGCAGUGGCAGUCGUGCACCGCGCGUGGAUGGGUCGGGGACGUGGCCGAGUGCUCCGAGUGCCAGCCCUGGGACGACAGCGACCCGCUGGUCGUGGUCUCCGUCUCCGACGCGCCGGGCUUCGGCCGGACGACGAAUUUGAGCUGCGUGGAGGGCCUCCGCCUGGCCAGCGGGUCCAGCAGCGAGAUGGCCGUAUGCACGCCGGACGGCUGGAGCACCUGUGAGGACAACUUCAACUGCACACACUGCGCCGGCACGCCGCCGAACGUCACCGGUCAGGCGCUGGUGACCUCGGACUGGGACGGCAGCUCGGCCGAGCUCGGCACCUCCGUCACCUUCACCUGCGCCGCUGGCCUGGCCACGGCCACCGGCGACACGGUGCAGCACUCUAUCUGCAGUGCGAGCGGCGGCUGGGGCACCGAUCUGCUGCCCUGCACCUACUGCGCGCCGCGGGCGCCCAUCAGCACGUGGGGCGGCACGCUGACGUGGGACUACAAUGGCACGAACACGCUCGACACGGUGGUCACGCUGACCUGUAACGCGGGCAUGGCGACGCCGGACACGCUGCGGACUGAGCAGACCACCGUGUGCGGCGUGGGCGGCUGGAACGUGACGGGUCUGCGGGCCUGCUCUGUGUGCACAGAGGAGCCUCCGGCGCCGGCCGCUUCCAUGAAGAACAUCUCCUGGACGCAGGGCGUGGACGAGGUCACGUACGAGUGUCUGGACGCGUUCCAGCUGCCAUGGAACUUGACUUCGAGACCACCUGCACGCACCAUCGGCACGUGA